AUGGAACCCACAACAGUUACAAACAAGAGUUUGCAACUUGAACCGCCAAUGAAGCAUGACCAACCAAGUCCAUCCCCUCGAAAAUGUAGUUUGGAGGGUUCAUCAUCAGGUCGAUCGCAAAGUAAAGGUCAUGACUCCCGGGUUCAAAGGUCAAAUAAUACUCGCUUAUUAUUUAAUCGAUACGAAAAACUCUCGAAAAUUGGAGAAGGGGCCUACGGGAUGGUCUUCAAGUGUCUAGACACUCAGACGGGCGAAAUGGUUGCUGUCAAACGAUUCAAUGCGUCGGACGAUGAUCCUCUAGUUAGGAAAAUCGCUCUUCGAGAAGUCAAAAUGUUGAAAAGACUAAAGCAUCCAAAUUUGGUGAACCUAAUCGAAGUAUUCCGUCGGAAAAAGAAGCUCCAUCUUGUAUUCGAGUAUAUUGACCGGAGCCUUCUACAUGAACUUGAUACACAAGGGCCAAACGGCAUCGUGCGAGACAAAAUAAUGCGAAUUACAUGGCAAAUUCUACAGGGUAUCAACUUUUGCCAUCAGUCAAAUUGCAUUCAUCGCGACAUCAAGCCUGAGAACAUACUAAUCAACUCACAAGGCGACGUGAAACUAUGCGACUUUGGGUUUGCACGAUUCCUUGCUGACGCCGAAGAUACCUACACUGACUACGUGGCAACAAGAUGGUAUCGUUCUCCCGAGCUCCUAGUGGGUGAUACCCAUUACGGACCUCCAGUGGAUGUCUGGGCGGUGGGAUGCGUUUUUGCCGAGAUGCUCACCCGUCUACCACUUUGGCCAGGACGCUCAGAUCUCGACCAACUCUACCUUAUCACGAAAAAUCUCGGCAACUUGCUUCCGCAACAACAGAAGACCUUUUUAACUAACAGCUAUUUCACCGGCGUCGUGUUACCCCGGCCACAAAGCAGAGAACCAUUGGAGGUAAAAUUCGAGGGCAUGCGACCGAAAAUUACUCCUGAGGAAUUAGAAGUUUUAAAGUCAUGCCUAGUAAUGAAUCCAAGUGGUCGGAGCAGCUGUGCGACUCUAUUGCAGCUUCCUUAUUUUGAGGAAAUGAGAAAUUCUUCGUCUAAAUGCCCAUCAGUUCAGUCAGAGGCCCCUGAAGAGGUCUCAAACCCAAGGCCAUCACCAAACGAUGCCACAACUCCACUCAUCUGCUUAGACGGCAUAUCAUUACAGAAUCCCAAGAAGUCGCUACCACAACCAAUUAAUUUGCAGGCGACUGUUACAGAACAAUCUCCGAAUGGUCCAACACACCACGGUUUCGUGAGAGCAGAUCAAAGAAAAUUGGUGGGAAGUGUGUGCUCCCUGAAUAGCAAGGGAACCGCAGUUAAACUUCAGCCAGCUGCGUUUCCUUGGAUAAGUGGAAGCUGCUCCCAACUUAAUAAAAGAGCUGGCAGUGACUCCAUCAACACUCCAACAGCAACAAAAGCCGGAACGCUCCAAUCCGAUCUACACCUUGGACAUAAUUCAUCUACUCGAAAUCAAGGCCCUCCACUGACUAAUCAAGUAACCUCAACUCGAAAUCACCUUAUUCCCCUUUGGCCGGCUACGCGUCGUGCUCCAAGUGCUGGUCCGAAGCAUUGA